AUGGGAACAAGUCCAACACCUGCCAGUCCUCCCCGGGGGAGGAAGGCUCAUUUGCGGGGGGGGUGUGGGGGGGGGAGGUGGUGUGUGUGUGUCAGGGGGCUCCAGAGUUCAUUUUGGAAAUUGUACAGACGUAAACUGCUAGCAUACAUCGAACUCUUAAUCCAAGCCAUCUAUGGUAAUGGCUACCUGGUGGGAUCUUCCAAUGAAACUGAUUCAGCGUGGGAUUAUUUCAUUCAAUCACUGAAGCGGCAGCAUGUUAUCUCUUCAGAAGCCCAGUAUGUUGGAGCAGAGCAGUACCCAGUCUCUGUUAAACGUUCAAGACCAUUGGUUAUAAUCCUGGAUGACAACUUCUACUAUCAGAGUAUGAGAUAUGAAGUGUACCAGAUGGCCAGGCAGAAUUCUCUCGGCUUCUGUCAGCUGUUUCUGGAGUGCCCACUUCAAUUGUGCCUUCGGAGGAAUCACCAGCGCCUUUGUCCUGUAAACGAUGAGACAAUUGCGCUCAUGUCCACGAAACUCGAGUUGCCAGACCCUGAGAAGAACGGAUGGGAAAAGAAUAGUAUAAUACUGAAAGGUGAAGAAAAUAUAUCUGAAGAGGACAUCCAGAAGGUGCUUGCAUUACUGGACGCUGCUUUAGAAAAUCCAGUGCAGCCAAUCAAAGAAAAUACUGAACAGAAGGAGGCAGAUCGUGCCAUUUGUGCAGCGAGUGUUCUUCAUCAGGCUGAUCAGGCCUUCCGCCGUUCAGUGUCCCAGGCUAUGAAGACUAUGAAAGUCAAGAAACUAACAACGUGGAAGAUUAAAUUAUUGGCUGAAGACCUUAAUAAAUUGAAGACUAUGUUUUUGGAGGAUCUUCGACAUGGGACUCUUCGAGGAAAUCCCAUGAAGAUUUAUGGUGAUGUUGAUGCAAUUGUUGCAGAAGCUUCCUGUGGAUUUGAUCAAGAAAAGGAAGUCAUUUUAAAGAAUUUUUUAGAAAAGCAGACUUGAUAGUACACAGAACAACUGAUUGGUCUCAUUGCUGAUGACUUGAUGUGGUUAAUGUAGCUUGGUGUAUAAGCUACUUCAUGAAGCUUUAAAACGGGCAAGGAUAAAGUAGGAAACCUAUCAAUACAAUUCUUAAUGUUUUUUCCCCAUUGUGUUGAGAUGAUCCUUCCUGGUCUGUGAUGAGUCAUGCACUUGGAAGCAUGUGUUCUGCUAUUAUGUGAUAGCAUCAUGACAUUUGGAAACACAACUUCCCUCCUGACAUUGAUACAUUACUGUUUUCUCAAGCCAUGAGCUAUUUUAAUAAAUUAACUUUUAUAUCGA